AUGGAGGGUUCGAUUGAGAAGACGAUGAAGGCGGACAAGGCAGGGAUGAGCGAUGCAGAGAAGAUGGAGCCUUCCAUUGAGAAGACGACGAACGCGGACAAGGCAGUGAUGAGCGAUGCAGAGCAGCGUGCCAACUUCAUAGCCUUCAUAGAGGACUGCAAGAUUGCGGCGGAGAAGGCAGCCGGGAAGAAGAAAUCAAAGACGGUCAUGCGCAGGCUGACGCAAAAGCACAUCGAUGCUGUGCUCGCAGUCCCUAUCGAGACUACCCGGCCCGGCUGGUCCGAGGAGCAGCUGGCCCGCGUGAAGGACAGAGACGUGCGGGAUCGAAUCAGGGACAGUUUGGCCGCCUCGGCGGCGGUCGUGGACAAGUCGCGCGAGGAGUUGAGGCUUGAAAAGGAAAGAAUUCGAUCGCGCGGAGCUCCAGACACAAGGGUACGUUGA